UCUCAGGUGCGCUUUUUGAUAUCUACGCGAACGAUGAGAUGGUCACACGUACCUUCCGGACGUUGAAGGUCGCGGGUAGUACUAUUUAUGAUUAUAAGUUCUGUUCCGAGAGAGAGCCGUUGGAAGAUGUGCACGAAAGAGUGGCUAAUCGAGUUCUGAAUCUCUGUCAGAAAAAUGGUGGGUUAUACGUCAAAUUAGGACAGGGAAUCGCGAGCAUGAAUCAUAUUCUCCCACCACAAUUUAAUCGCGUCUUCUCCGUGUUACACGAUAAGGCGCCGAUGGUAGACUGGGCUUCCGUCCAAAAGACUAUACAGGCAGACUUUGGCAGGCCGUACAACGAGUUAUAUGCCACAUUUGACCACCAGGCCGUUGCAUCUGCUUCCAUCGCUCAGGUGCAUAAGGCAACGCUUCACGACGGGACUUCAGUAGCAGUCAAGGUGCAGAAGCCUUGCAUUGCGAGGCAGGUGGAUCUCGAUUUGAUGACCUACAGAUUGAUCGUUUGGGUUUUUGAAAGGGCUUUUGACCUGCCAAUGUACUGGACUGUGGCGUAUACGGAGGAAAACUUAAGAAAGGAGCUAGACUUCCAGCAUGAAGCCGCAAAUUCAAACAAAGCGAAGGAGCAAUUGUCAACGUUUGAUAAUGUCUAUGUGCCUACGGUAUAUUCCGACCGGACAACGAAGCGUGUGCUGACGUCCGAGUGGAUAGAUGGUGCCAAGAUGAACGACCCAGAGGCGAUGGACAGGAUAGGUGUGAACGUGGACGAGGUGGUGAAAACGCUAGUCAAUGUGUCUGGCUUUCAGGUCUUCAUUUCUGGAUUCUGCCAUGCGGAUGUACACUUUGGCAACUUACUGGUGAGGAAGAAAGCGAAUGGUCACGAGCUGGUCAUACUUGAUCAUGGUCUGUACGUAGAGGAGAGCAACAAGUUUAGGGAGGAAUACUGUCAGCUUUGGAAAUCCAUGUUUCUGCUCGAUGUCGAUGGCAUGAAAGAAAUCUGCAAAAAGUGGGGCAUUACCGAUCACGAGUUAUUCGCUAGUUUCACUCUGAUGAAACCGUAUUCGACCAAACGUCCAGUGGCCUCCAAAGUCAGCAGAGCCGAAGUUAUGCAACUGCAAAGGCAAGCGAAGGAUCGAGUUCGGCGCUUAUUAGAAGAUACCAGCCUGUUCCCUAAGGAGCUGAUUUUCAUAGGCCGUAGCAUGAACAUCGUCCGUGCAAACAACAAGCACUUAGGCUCCCCCGUUAAUCGAGUAAACGUACUGGUUUCGUGGGCAAAUCAGGGCACAAAACGAAGCAAUGCGAAGUACUCCUGGUACCUGCACGAAUUCCGAUUCAGGAUACAAAUGUUCGUAGUGGAUAUCUUUUACUAUUCCUCGAGACUGUGGCAGAAGCUGAAUGAGACGCUGGGCUACAAAGUGGAUAGCUUUGAAGGAGUGCUCGAAAAGGCGUUACCGACAGAGGCAUUGGGAUUCUCGUCAGAAAUAUCAGAAAGCGGGAUGGACUAGCACAGCAUAUUGGGUAGUUAUUGCCAUGCCUGUGAAUUAAUGCCUAACUAGGCAUUGGGUAGUUAUUACCAUACCUGUGAAUUAAUGCCUAACUAGGCAACUAGUUGUCGACCACCCGAGCCGCGCCGGAUAGGUUUAGUGCCAUUUCUCGAAUGAUAUCAGUAGGUGUCUCUGGCGACUCCAUAUUCGCACGUGAGAGAGCUACUUGUCCAGAAGCCAACUGUCUGGUGGAGGCGAAAUUAGAAUUUAGUGAGCACAGAUCAUAAGUGUUUAUAACAGAUAAUUAGAUGCCGUACGAAGCCUUCGUUUCGUUUCGUCUAGACUAUUCAUGGAUAUGGUGUGCGUUGCAUUCUAACACAUUGUUGGAUAACGAUAUAUUAAGGUUGGAAUGAGCGUUUAUGGUUCAGCUCGGUACGAUUCCUCGAGUUUAUCGCUCACCGCUGCACGACCGCUGUAGAUCACGACUAAUGCAUGGUAGCCUUUUUGGCAUAAACUAGCUAUACGCAAUGUGACGUGGAAGAAUCACAAGGCAGAACAGGACGACAUAAUCGAGAGCCGUGUUGGCUAUAGUAUUUCGUCUGCUAGCGCGAAGAAGUAUCCAAUUUUCAUGCCGUGGACCACAUCUAGAGAUAGCUACAAAAAUUCAGUAUCGGGGCAACAGACCCAAAAUGAAACGAACAUGAGGGAUGUUGCUAAUAAACAACGUCGUAAUUCAUCAGUGUGCCAGAGUUUGGGCAGUGUUGGUGCCUGAACUUAUUAGCAAUCUCUGGCGAUAGUGGCCUUCGUUUUUGUACACCGUUCAAAUUUAGGAACUAUGUUUGGCAUCCAAUCGAUCGCGUAAAGGUCCUGCAAAGAGAUGGUAAUCAUGUAUAAUCAAAUCGCCGAGUAGUUUGGAGCGUUCGGAUGUGGUCAUAAGUACCUUUUCAGUUUCUGGUUUCGUCGGCCAUUGCUACUCAUUUCCACUAUUUCGUUUCAUCCAGGUUGUUGACCAUCGGAAAUAUUCUCAUUAGCCGCACUACCCAUCGCCAUGUUGUGAUAUGAAGCCCUUCAGCUCUCUCAGCUACUAGCCAUUUAAAAACCUAAUCCACAGGGAAAGCGCCACAGUGCGACUUAUAUUUUUGAAUGGUAUUCAUCACGAACUCUCGACGCGGUAUCGUACAGAUAAACUCCAUUUAAGCUACAGUGACCCCGAUUCACACUUGCCUGGUAAGCUAUGGUUUUGUCGAUUCCCUGUAUCAUACUAGAACAAAUGUAUAUAUAUAUAUAUAUAUAUAUAUCCCGAUGAGAUCGAUAUCAAGAAAGCAUGGGGCUCUCGAGGCACAUGAUAGAUCAGGCUAAAAGAAGGUGGUUCUGCUGAAGAGUUAAUCGUCACGCCGCAUUGAUAUUGCGACCCGGAGUCGAGCCAAAAGGCGCUUCCAGGAAGAUGCACAUGCGGGCUGCAGUUUUGAAUGUCCAGACUUCUCCUUGUACAUGGUUGUGAACUUGGUGUCGGCACUCUUUAAUAAAUUAUGCCUUCGAAACUCC